CAGUCAGCGUCAUUUUUGGCAAGACUUGCACCUAACCACACAUAACUUAUGCGGCUGAUUUGUGUUCAGUGUAAAACUUUUGGAAAAUGACCAACCAAGUUCAUUGCCAGCUGUGGAUGGGAAGCUUGGAAUCUUACAUGACCGAAAGUUUCAUUCUCAAUGCAUUUCGGAAAAUGGGCGAAACGCCUUUGAGCGUAAAAGUGAUGAGAAACAAAUUCACUGGAGAACCGGCCGGUUAUUGUUUCGUGCAUUUUGCAAACGACGACGACGCUAUUGAUGCCAUGCAUAAGUUGAACUCAAAACCAAUACCGGGAACGAACCCAGUGGUACGUUUCAGGCUAAAUAACGCGAGCAACAAUACAAGCCGCCAGUUUAUUGACAGGGAGUUUUCCGUUUGGGUUGGCGAUUUGAGCCCCGAUGUGGAUGACUAUAACCUAUAUAGGGUGUUUUCGUCCAAAUACAACACCAUUAAAACCGCCAAAGUUAUCUUGGACAACAGCGGCUUUAGCAAAGGUUAUGGAUUUGUCAGAUUUGGCAGCGAAGACGAGAUGAGAGACAGUCUAAUCACGAUGAAUGGCUACAUCGGUUUGGGGACAAAAGCACUGAAAAUAAGUAAUGCUGUUCCGAAGCCUAAAGGGCCGGGAGACACUCCUACGGGCGGGUCUCAAUCAAAUGGGGCCGAUAAUGGUAGUGCAUACAACCAGUAUUACGAUCCGUCAUCGUAUUGGCAAAAUUACGCCGCUAAUUGGCAGCAAGGCUAUAAUAUGGAUCAGGCAAAUACCGGCCACAUGCCUCAAAACACUUACAUGGCCGCAACGGAGAUGAAAAAGGAAGACGAACUGGAAUUGAUAGAUCAUUCGGUUCCACUGGACAUCGACAAGUUAAACCGUGAUAAAAUCGACCAAGAUUGCAACUUCUGGGACGCCCUGGAGAGUUCCAAGUGGCUACCGUGCGAAGUAUUAGAACUUCCCGUGUAACCAGUUAAGAUAAACCGAACUCUAAUGAAUUGAAUAUUUAAAAAAAUAUAAACAAUUCAACCAUGU